AUGACAAAGAGCUGGAAAGGUUUAACAGUAGUGCAUUUUGUUUCAGUGGAUGACUUGAGAGCAAAUACAGAAUAUUCUGGAUAUAGUGCUGCAUCGCCGGCUAUUCAAUGGUUUUGGGAGGUUGUCCAAGAUUUAAGCAAAGACAAGGCUCGGCUUUUGCAAUUUGUGACUGGCACGUCCAAGGAGCCUUUGGAAGGUUUUAGUGCUCUUCAUGGAAUUUCAGGCUCCCAGAAGUUUCAGACACAUAAAGCAUAUGGAAGUCCUGAUCACUUGCCUUCUGCUCAUACUUGUUUCAAUCAAUUGGAUUUGCCGGCGUAUCCAUCUAAACAACAUUUGGAAGAGAGGUUACUGCUAGCGAUUCACGAAGCAAGUGAGGGAUUUGGAUUUGGUUAAAAUGUUGUUUUACGUUUUAGAGGAGUUUUUUCAGAAUAUAAUGGAACAGUGUACCAGUUUAUUAUCCCAGGAUGUCAAACGGUUCAUUAGUAGCUUGGUUGUUUGAGUAUUUCUAGUAAUGUGACUAUGUAAGUACUUGUUACUAACUUUGUAAUAUUUUUUAUAGUAACAAAUUGUUCUAUGAAUUUGUCUUAUUUAAAUUCAAAGUAUUUUAAAUUAAAUUUUAAUUUUUAUCUGCGGAUGAAUUUAAAAACCACAGGAUGAAUUUGUCUUUUAUCAAAGAUGUGUACUAUAAAU